AUGAUGGAUGAAUCGAUUGAUGAUCAAUAUUUUUCUCAAGAAGUUUCAGAAUUAUAUAACGAUGGAAUUGAACAAAUUAGUGAUCAAAAAAUAAAUAAUCAUAUUAUAUGUGAUGACUAUUAUUUGAAUGUGUUAGGAGGACAAACAACACCUUGGUUUGCAGAUAACGUAUCUGAUGAUAUUCACAUAUAUACACAAAAAUUUCUUAAACUUUUUAUGAUUUUGAUAUGUUUUUUUGGUUGUACUUAUUUUACUUGGAAAGUCAUACCAUCAGGUGUAAUACAUUUUCAAGAACAUGAUAAGUUCAUGUUUCAUGAAAUAAAUAAUAUUCAUCAAGAUUCAAAUGAUAAGCAAAUGUUGAAAAAAGAUUCUGCUAGACAACUAGAUUGUGGUUUUCAAUGCGUAUUACAUGAUAUAAUGUUAUAUAGUUUCAUCAAAUCAUUUUAUUGCAAAGAUGAUAUUAAACAUUGUAUUUUAACUGAACAGCAAAAUGGUAUAUUUUCAUAUUAUAAUGAUUAUGUAGAAAAAAAAUUUGAUAUGUUUGAGAUUAGUUCAAAUGCUAAUAAAAUAUCAGAUCAACCAUUAUCAUGUAAUAAACAAUUGUUGAAUGAUAUUGGAAAUCAUAGAAAAUCAAAUUCAAACAAAUAUUACAUACGAACAUCACUAUUAGAAGCAAAAUUCGAUCAAAUAUUACAAACUGAACAAAAUAUUUUUCAUAAACAUGAAACUAAUGUUCGAAAAUUUAUACAAUUAGUUCUUUUAAAAAUUAUGCAUUUUCAAAAUCAACGAAAUUCGAUGAAUGUCAAUAAAGAAUCAUCAAAAGAAAAUACUUCAUAA